AUGUUUUAUGACUUGAAUGUACCUUAUAGCCCCGAUGACCAGGAGGUGCCUCACACUCUAAAUUUCCUCGCUGAACUUGGUUACACUACCGUUGCAUUAUCUCAAACAAUCAAUGGGAAGCUUCCUCAAAGCCUUGUUCCGCCCCCUCUCCCUACAAACGCGCCAAAAUCCCUCCAACUGCUGACCCGCUUGAACCUGACCCUCUCCGACCCCGCGCAGAACCAGCGCCUAGCAACACUGAGUCAAGCUUACGAUCUCGUGGCUCUCCGUCCCACAAAUGAAAAGUCUCUUCUAAAUGCAUGCACCAACCUGGAAUGCGAUGUGAUCUCCGUGGAUCUCUCGGUGCGACUUCCAUACCACUUCAAGUUCAAAAUGUUGUCCGCGGCAAUCUCACGCGGAGUUCGCAUUGAGAUUUGCUAUGGCCCAGGGAUCACAGGGAGUGGAAUCGAUGCCCGGAGAAACCUCAUUGGGAAUGCGACAUCCUUGAUUCGCGCGACACGCGGUCGAGGCAUCAUUGUGUCCAGCGAAGCAAGACGGGCACUGGGUCUACGAGCCCCGUGGGAUGUGAUCAAUCUUGCCUGUGUCUGGGGUCUAUCACAGGAGCGUGGAAAGGAAGCAAUCUGCGAAGAAUCGCGGAAAGUGACCGCGCUGGCCAAGCUGAAGCGAACUAGUUGGCGAGGAAUCGUGGACAUCGUCCAUGGCGGAGAUAAAAUCAAACCCGAAGGACCCCCAUUCAAGCAGAAGGGUGUUCAGAAAGCUAAAGAGACCACGAAAUCAGAAAAUGGGGCUGACAAUCUCAAACGGAAGGCUUCUAUUAGCUCUGAGGCAGUUGCCGACGAUCCCGACAAGCCUUUGUCUAAGCGGGAAAUCAAACGACGAGCCAAAAAAGCACGCUUUGAUGCAAAAGGAGAGAAUGCCACUUGA